AUCAUUACUGAUAAGCUUACGUGUUUAUAAGCGCCACAUACUGAACAGCGGUAGCAUAAGUGGUUUGAAUGUCACUCAUUUUUAGAUAUCAGUAAUCAAUUGCGCUAAAUUAUAAAAUGUCGGUCUGCCAAACAAUUUCGUCGGUGUGUGUUUUGAUAAUUGGAUUCCAUUUGGUCAAAUUUAUUUGCAGAUUACUCUAUAACACGUUCGCCCCGAAACUGGGGUUAAGCGUAAAUUUCGGUGAAAUGGGAAAAUGGGCCGUAAUCACUGGCGCAUCCGAUGGCUUAGGUAAAGCGUAUUCAGACGCCCUGGCGGCAAAGGGGAUGAAUGUCGUGCUUAUAAGUCGAAGUGAAGAGAAACUACAAGCGGCAGCAGAAGACAUAGAACACCAGUACAGCGUUCAAACGAAAAUUAUUGCAGUUGAUUACACUCACGGGAAUGACAUUUACCACAUAAUAGAGAAACAGUUGAGUGGACUAGAAAUCGGGGUUUUGGUGAACAACGUUGGGCUGAGUUAUCCCUACCCAGAGUACUUUCUAGACCUCAACGAUAAAGAAAAACUGUUCUCAAAUCUAAUUCAGGGAAAUAUCUCGUCUGUAGUCCAUAUGUGCAGAAUAAUAAUGCCAACCAUGGUGGAGAAGCGUAAAGGAGUUGUCAUCAACAUCUCUUCUGCCAGUGCACGUUUUGCCAGUCCUCUAUUAACAGUUUAUGCUGCUUCUAAGGCUUUCAUAGAAAAAUUUUCGGAGGAUCUGAACGCCGAAUAUGCAAACAUGGGAAUAAUUGUGCAAUGCAUUUCGCCGGGAUACGUGGCUACAAAAAUGUCCAAAAUUAGAAAUGCGACUUGGAUGGCGCCGAAUCCAAAAACAUUCGUCGAAUCUGCUCUAAAAACCGUGGGCAUUCAAGACAGAACAACGGGAUAUUUCCCACACUCUCUCCUAGUUGCAGUCAUGAACACACUGGGGGUUAUAUCUAAAACAUUGGAAAGGCGCAUAAUUGUGAAUACUAUGAAGACAAUCCGAGGUAGGGCAUUACGAAAACAACCAAGCUGAGCUGUAGCUUAUAAUUACAAUUUAAAUGGUACUAAAGGAAUUGUUACUUUCUGUUUCAAUAUGCACGUUCUUAAUAAUAAAAAGCCAAGCAAGCGUUUUUCUUA